ACUAACAGCACACUUCCUCUCAACCACCUUUCAAAUAACUCUCACCUUAUCCUGCAUCCAAAUAGUAAUUCAGAAUAAUAUGAGUUCAUUCAAUCACCAGCUUAAACCCCAGAAUGGUAAUGAUCAAGAAGAUUUCUUGUUUGCCAUGGAACUCGUCACCGGUACAGUGCUCCCUAUGACCAUGAAAGCCGCCAUCGAGCUUGGCUUGCUAGAGAUCAUGGCAAAAGCUAGCCCAUCUCACCUCUCUUCUUCUGAGAUUGCUUCUCAUUUGCGGUCGAAGAACCAAGAUGCCCCAGUAGUAGUUGACAGGAUCUUACGCCUCCUUGCUUCUCACUCUAUCCUCACAUGUAAACUUGUCACCAACAAAGAUGGACAGGCCCAAAGACUCUAUGGUUUGGCACCAGUUUGCAGAUACUUUGUUCAAAAUGAAGAUGGAGUUUCUCUUGCUCCUUCCAUGCUCAUAGUUCAGGACAAAGCCUCUGUCGAUUGUUGGUACCAUUUAAAAGAUGCCGUGUUGGAGGGAAGCUUGCCAUUUAUGAAGGCACAUAAUGGAAUGCAGGGGUUUGAGUAUGCAGCACAAGAUAGCAGAAUAAACAGUCUCUUCAAUCAAUCGAUGCACAAUCACACUGCUUUAGUCAUGAAGAGAAUUCUUGAAAUUUACAGAGGAUUUGAAGGCUUAAAUGAGCUAAUGGAUGUUGGUGGUGGCUUCGGUUCAAAUCUCAGAUUAAUAGUUUCUAAGUACCCACAAAUUAAGGGUAUUAACUUUGACUUGCCUUAUGUUAUUAAAGAUGCAAUCUCUUCUUCAGGUGUGAAUCACGUUGGUGGUGAUAUGUUCCUUGAAGUUCCAAAAGCAGAAUAUAUUUUCAUGAAGUGGAUACUUCAUGACUGGGGUGAUGAUAAAUGUUUGAAGUUAUUAAAGAACUGUUAUAAUGCUCUACCAGAUUCUGGAAAAGUAAUUAUAGUUGAAUCUAUACUGCCGGAAUUUCCUGAGAAUGAUGUUGUAACUAAAAAUGUUUCAAGACUUGACCUAUGUAUGUUUAAUACAAUUCCUGGAGCGAAGGAGAGGACAAAGCAGGAGUUCCAGGAUUUGGCAACCAGAGCUGGAUUUGCAGUACCGGAUGUUAUAUGUCGUGCUUAUUGCUAUUGGGUGAUUGAGCUCUACAAAAGGAAGUGAUCAAUCUAAUUAGUUAGCUAUAAUUAAUAUUUUCUUAACGUUUCUUCAAGAAGUUAUAUGUUAUUUAAUGACAUCGAUCCUGGGAUAUUUUUAUUUUUCUAUGUUAAUGUCACUUGUCAA